AUGUCACAUUUCAGCUUUGAAACUGAAGUGAAUAAUCUCCUGAGACUCGAUGCCCCUAUGAGUCGAGGACCAGCACCCCGAUGGCAGAAAAAAUCGACUGAGCGUCGACGUUCUAGUUCAGGUCCAUCCACGCCGCUUCGCAACUCCUUCAGGCUAAAUUCAAGCAAGACUCCGUCAAAGACGCCGAAAUCAUUGAAGAAGACGCCAGGAAAAGCCAAGACCCCAUCCGAAGACAGAUUCAUUCCUAACCGAAGUGCUAUGAACUUUGAAGCGAACUAUUAUAAAAUGGUUUCAGCUGAUCGCGAGAACGAAGAAAACGAGUGCGAAAGUCCUUCGAAAGUCGAGUUCAAGAAGAACAUGGCUGAAAACCUGGGUGGAAACGAAGCGAAUACCAGGAUUCUUGCUUUCAAGAAUAAAGCUCCAACACCAAGAGAAGGUACCUUUAAAUGAGAAUAUUUAAAAUUCAGUUUAUAGUAAGCGAUCGAGNAAGACGCCGAAAUCAUUGAAGAAGACGCCAGGAAAAGCCAAGACCCCAUCCGAAGACAGAUUCAUUCCUAACCGAAGUGCUAUGAACUUUGAAGCGAACUAUUAUAAAAUGGUUUCAGCUGAUCGCGAGAACGAAGAAAACGAGUGCGAAAGUCCUUCGAAAGUCGAGUUCAAGAAGAACAUGGCUGAAAACCUGGGUGGAAACGAAGCGAAUACCAGGAUUCUUGCUUUCAAGAAUAAAGCUCCAACACCAAGAGAAGGUACCUUUAAAUGAGAAUAUUUAAAAUUCAGUUUAUAGUAAGCGAUCGAGGGUUUAUGCAUAUGCAAGCUCGUGGAUCCUAUUGUAAACUAACAAGACUUGCUUAUUGUUUGGUUUAACAAGAAUUUCACAACCAUAUCACCGAUCCGAUGAACUUUUAAAUUUCAGAAGUGUUCUAAUGUAUCAAUUACUUGUCGAUUAGACUAUCACUAAUCAUAAAACGGGUCGAUUUGUAUUUUAGGCCAUUUGAAUGAUCUUCGAGUCCUGUACAGCCAAAACAAGACUCCAGCAACAUCGACGAAGAAAAAUGCCAGACAUAUUCCACAGAUCCCUGAAAGGAUCCUAGAUGCACCUGAUCUCAUUGACGAUUAUUGUAAGUUGAGUUCUGUCAUCGUUCCUCCUCGCGAAACGUCCCCACCGGCGACGAGCGAGGAGAAACGGCUGUUUUCGCAGGCUACUUGUCUCUUUACUAGCAUAGUUUUUUGUUCUGCUUUUUGUUAGCCCCAAAAUGCAUGCGCUGUCACAAUUUUCGAAGUACACCCAACUUUAUACUGCUGAAGAGAAUUGUGAUUGAUUUACCCACAGAGACAACUCGCUUACAUCACACAUUUGUAUCGUUGCUGUCAUUGCUUAUUUUUAUUUUUGUUCCUCUCCUUCUAAACUUGGUCAAAAUAAAGAUUAAGUGCUGUUCACUUUUUACUGAUUGCUCACAUGUUCUAAAGUUUAUUCAGGUUUAUUGUGAUUGAAUAGAUUAGAUUACAAUAUGUGGCAAAAAAAGCGGAAAUACGGUUGCUAUGAGAUAUACAUGUAAAAACAGCGUUAUUUUAUCAUUUAAAUGUGAUUGCUUAAUUUAUGACUUGGGAGAUUGUGUUACUUUAUCAUAAAGUUCUUGAGGAGGUAUCUGUUUCUGUUGGGGCAUGAACUUGCUGACUCAUUUCGCUCAUUUCAAUACUUUCAGAUUUAAACCUACUGGACUGGAGCUGUAACAAUCACCUUGCGGUAGCACUGGGUGGCUUUGUGUAUCUCUGGAACGCUGUGUCAGGUGACAUAGUCCAGCUUUGUCAAACUGUGACACCUGAAUGUUAUAUUGGCUCUGUAGCUUGGAUCAAAGAAGGGAAUUACAUUGCCUUAGGAGACAGUGAUGGGGUGGUCCAGGUUGGUGUCUUUAUAAUAAUUAUUUCUUAACAUUUAAAUCAUGGAUCAAGUUUGCCACAGUCAGGGAAAAAUCAAGGGAAAACAAUACCAGACCAUUUGGAAAAACAAUAAUUUUUUAAGGUCAGGGAAUAUCUUUGAUAGUGUCAAAGUCAGUGAAAAGUCAGGGAAUUCUAUUUUCAUUGCACACAAAUCUGCUGAAAGGUGUAAAGGAUUUUAAAAUGGAGACAAAUUUUGGUGGUCUGCAAAAAGAAAUAAGCAAGUGUAAAAAAGGAUUUUUUGUUUAAUAUUACUCACCUAAUUCAAGGCCUGUGAAAAUUUUCCUAGAGGUUUGGGAAAGGUUAGGAAAUUUUUUAGUUUCUAAUGAACAGCAACCCUGUGUAUGUGCGAAAUAAUUUUAUGUACAAAAAUACUGGAAAGUACUGCUAUGCAGAGAACAUGCUUAUGAGGUUAAUAAUUUUAAAAUGAACGCAGUUUAUGCAAUUGUAUAUUAAGAAGCGUGAAAAAAUUGAGGACUUCAGGAUUCAAACCCAUGACUUCACGAUACCAGUGCAACGCUCUAACCAACUAAGCUAUGAAGCCACUGAUGCUGGUCAAUAAUUAUGUGUUCAUGUUCCCGUGAAAGAGAUGAGCCGGAGCCGCGAGAAGGGUGGGUGUACAAGUCGCGUGGUGGCGCAAAGAAUUAGUACCCCCAGCAUAAGAAUUCCAGCAGCUAUGCUGGCUACCGGUAUACUAAAUCCUUGUUGAAAUUGACAGUUGUGGGAUGUGGAGGCGCAGAAAAAAUUAAGAAGCAUGGCUGGUCAUUCUGCCCGUGUUGGAUGCCUCUCUUGGAAUUCUUUCAUACUCUCAAGGUAAGAUUCCUGGAAUUUGUUAAAUUUAUUAUUUCAGAGGUUUGAGAGGACUGUUGAUUGUUGGAACAUUCUAUUGCAGUUUGACAAAAAAAAAUUAUGCUUUUUUACAAGUUGACAUUACUUAGACACUUGAGAAAGAGAAAUACCAUUAAAAUAGUAUUUUCGUAUGCAGUGCAGGCUAAGUGUUCAGCCUGUUGAAUCUGUGUACAGUGCCUUGGGAAUGUAGUCUAAAUCAUUAGCAAUGAAAGCUAACAAAAUUUUCCUAUCAAUUUGUUUUUAGUGGCAGCAGAAGUGGAGCUAUUCAUCAUCACGAUGUUCGUGUAGCAGACCAUCACGUUGCUACUCUUGCCAGACAUUCCCAAGAAGUGUGUGGUCUGAAGUGGUCUCCUGACGGGAAGUACCUUGCUAGUGGUGGUAAUGACAACCUGCUACUGAUCUGGGAUGCCAGUGUGAACACAAUCAGCAACAGUAAUACACCUCUGUAUACAUUUAACCAACACCAGGCUGCUGUCAAGGUGGGUAACCUGUGCAAACCCUUUUCAAGUACAGUAAAGUUAUUUUAUUUUACAGAGAUGACUUGACCUUCUGGAACUGCCACUCAGUAAGCACCUGUUUACCCUUAGCUUUAGGCCCCAAGAGUGACCAACAUCAAGAGAAAAAGGUUGUGAGAACUUAAUAAAUGAAAUGAUCGCCAAUAAAAAAGGACAAUGCUUUGAUUUUUCAUCAAAUUCUCUCAACAAUAUCCUUAAGAAAUUGUAUGAAGAUCACUCUGGAGAAUUUUGUUGUGGAUGUUGGUGACUGGUUAGCUCAAUUGGUUGGGUACAGCGUGCAAAGCAAGUAGUGUCCGAUAGCCCGGGGCUAGCGAAUUCUGUUCUUAACUUGCCCAAAGGACAAGUGAAGUAUUUUGAAGAAUUCAACUUACAGAAGAACUGUGAAAUCAUUUCUGCUCAUCAAAAAAUUUUAGGGGCUAGUUGAAAUGCUGUUUGGGCCAAUAAAAGCUAGCUUCAGCUUGCCCAAAUGGCAAGCUGUAAAAAUGACUUUCUUUGCACCCCGGGGUACCAAACUUUAGAGAUGAGGGCCCAAGUUCCAUUCUUGGCCAGACAAACAUUCAUCCUUUCAAAUUAAUGUGGUGUCUUUCUUUUACACUAGGCUCUUGACUGGUGUCCAUUUCAACGAAACGUACUGGCUAGUGGUGGUGGAACGGCUGAUCGUCACAUAAGGUUCUGGAAUGUUGGUGCAGGGAAUUGCCUUAACAGUAUUGACACUCAUUCACAGGUAAAGAUACAUACUACUAAACAUUUGAGUUAAAUUUGACGUUGAUGGCUCGAAAUUUUUCAGCUUUUACUACGUCUUAUUAAGAUAUUUUCUUACACCGUGAAAUAAUAUGAAUAGCCUCUAAAUCUCAAGGAGUACCAAUCCAGUAUAUGAAAAACAAUUUUUGUGUAAGGCCUUUUAUGGCUUUGAUAUACAUAUUUUUUGACUACCUGAGAUGUAGAAAAGCAUUCAUCUCAUGCUAGCUGGUACCUCUCCUCGCCUCCACUUUCUCAUCAUUGCUCAUUUUGGGCUCAUUAAACUAGCCUGCGAGCAAGCUCUCUGGGGCGCUCUGGCGGCAGGGUGGGAAAAGGAAGGAGAGCUUACAACUACAUCUCUAGAAUUUGCAUUCCACCUCCAAUUCCCCUGUGGCUCCCCCUCAACUGAGCUGUCAGAUUUCUGCCAAUCAGCGUGAAGCGGAAACGAGCGUGAACGUAAAAAAAAAUAUUGAAAAACAUGUGCCUUUGGGUAAUGACGUCAUUACUAAUGUCAUCUCUGCCAAUCAGCGUUUCGCAUUGACUUUUUUGGUGCAGAUAUUCAAAUUCCAGAGAUGUAGUUGCAAGCUCCCCUUUCUUUUUCCCUCCCCGCCGCCACAGCCACAGAGAGCUUGCUCACAGGCUAUUUUUUAACCUGAAUAGUAAACUGUCAAUUUCUACCAAGCAAACAGUUGGGGAUUCCCAGCAUAAUACAGUACAUGUUUGACUGUACUUAACAAUGAAUUGCUUCCAUUUUUAUACUUUUUUUCUUUUAUAAUUUUUUCUUUCUCAUUUAUCAUGAGUCUUCUUUUGACACCCAUAGGUGUGUUCCAUUUUGUGGUCAAAAGAAUAUAAAGAACUAGUCUCAAGUCAUGGUUAUGCACAAAACCAACUGACAGUUUGGAAGUAUCCAUCAAUGGUGAAAGUAACAGAGCUAACUGGACACUCAUGCCGCGUCCUUCACAUGGCUAUGAGCCCAGAUGGACAGACAGUUGUUUCAGCUGCGGCAGAUGAGACACUCAGACUUUGGAAGUGUUUUGCUACAGAUCCUGUUAAAAAGAAGACAAAGCCUAAUCCAACAAGUAGCUCAUUAGUGCAUCGAGGAAUUCGCUGA